AUGAAUACCCUCAUGAAGUUUAUGUACAUCCCCAAAGCUCACUUUAACAUUUAUAAUGAGUAUCUGAACGCCUAUAGGAAGAAAAUCAACCGAAUCCCUUUUUACAUACGGAGAACGGCAUCCGAUAAUUUGCCCGUUUUUCUCAAGUACAAAAAUAAUAAGAACCUCGUCGUCACGGUCAUUCGGAAGAUAAAAGGAAACAAAGAGCUUUUAAAAAGGGAGAUCGAGUCCAUUUGCAACAGCAACGUUAUUGAGAAAACGGACUGCUGGCUAAUCAAGGGGAAUCAUAAGAAGAAAAUAAAAGACUAUUUUAAAUACAUUGGCUACUAA